AUGGCUUCCCUUAUGCUCAGCAUCUUCGUUGUCGAAGUUAUCGUCAACCUCGUCAACACCAUUGGAGCCACCGCAAUUAACAACUUGAAGCUCUGGAAUUUGGUCAACUUCCUCCCUAUCCCAACCGCAAAGGCUGCCGGCGAGCAGCGAAAGCUCCAAGCCGAUUACCUCAAGGUCCGACGAGACCUAAAUGCCACGAGUUCCCAAGAUGAAUUCGCCAGGUGGGCAAAGCUUCGUCGCCAGCACGACAAGCUCCUCGAUCAGCUGGAGAAGACUAAGAAAACCACCGAAGCGUCACGAUCCAACUUCGACAAGGUCCUCACUGUUGUCCGCAUCGUCGUUACCCGCGCGCCGCAAUACUUCCUGCCCUUCUGGUUCGCUACUCAGCCUAUGUUCUGGCUGCCUUACGGCUGGUUCCCUUACUGGGCGGAAUGGAUCCUGUCUUUCCCUCGUGCCCCUAUUGGAAGUGUCAGCAUUGCCUCGUGGCAGCUUGCUUGCACAGGAGUCAUUGCUCUUCUCAGCGACUUGAUUGUUGGUACUGCUGGACUACUUCUCAACGCAAAGCAGGCCAAGGAGGCACCUGUGGCCGCUGAGAAGGUCGCCGCGGAAGAGAAGAAGAAGUCAUAA